AUGGAGGUUUCUCACUGCUCUCCUCUGCAGCUCCAGGAAAACUCUUUCCUCUUUGACUGCGAGUCUUUGCUGGACAAGUGUUACGAUCCUCUGGCCUUCGAUCCAGCCUCUGACCCGGGUUACUUCAGCGCUGGGAGCAGCCUGUCUCCCACUUCUUCUGUGGACUCCUUCUGCUUCUCCCCCAACUCCAUCCAGGCUGCCAGAAACGAACAAGAUGCUUUGGAUUGUUUCAUCUUCAACAGCCCUGCAGUCCCUUGUCUCCCUCUCAAGACAGAGUCCUGCUCUGGGUCAUCCAAAACCACAUCAACCCAAAAGAAAUCCAGAUCAAGAUACCCUGGGAAGAAGAGGCAGACCGCCAGUGAAAGGGAGAAGCUGAGGAUGAGGGAUCUAACCAAGGCCAUGCAUCACCUCAGGACCUACCUGCCAGCUUCAGUGGCACCAGCAGGUCAGACCCUGACAAAGAUCGAGACUCUGCGCCUCACCAUCCGUUACAUCUCCUACCUGUCGGCUCAGCUGGGCCUCAGCGAGGAAGUGCUGGAGCAGAGGAGAUCCUCAGGUUUCGUGGAGCAGCCACAGACCCUGAACCAGUUCCUGAGUCAGCCCACAGCCGACUACAGAGCACAGGAGCCAGAGUGUAGCAGCAGUGUGGGCACAGCACAGAUGUCCUGUCUGCAGACUUCAUAUCAGGUAUGUUCAAAUCCACUGAAGACGCGAGGACUGUAUCUCGUAACAUAUUGAUUCAUGACAGUCUGUUGAAGUCUGGAUGGGUUUCUAACCAAUCUUUGUUUUCUCUUGUCAGGUUUCUGAUCGGGUUUGCUUCACCGCUGAUCAGUAUUGGAUGCAACAACAGCUGCAGCACAACACCACCUUUUCUGGACACUGCUGA